UCAGAGAUGGCGGGGGCAUGAGAGAUGGGGGGGGGCGGUGAAGUUGUGCACGUCGCAGUGGUAGUGGAAGGGGCACAUCAUGGAGCAGCCGGCGGUCUUGUGGGCGGCGGUUGCGACCCACCUCUUGUACUUAGGCUCGAACACGUGACACACACUGCAUCGAGGCACCCGCAGAAGACCUGAGAUGGUGGGCACACACACACACAGACCCCAACAGCCACGAGGUUGUGUCAUUGCCGCCACACACAGCAGCCCGCUCUCCCACCUGCCAGCUGCGAUUUGUCAGGAUAUGUCAAUGGUGUGGUCACAUUCGAGAAGGGAGAAUGGGCGUCGACAAUCCAGCCUGCAGCCAAAACACACACACACACACACACACAAGGCAGGCAGAUCUUUCAUCGGUGUGUGAGUAGAUCUGCCUGCCAUCUCUCACGAAGGGUCAGGGAUCCUCACUCACCAUCUUGAUGUGUCUGUUGGUGCGUCGGUUGUUGCCGCCAGACGAGAGGAAAGCGAGAAUUGAGAAGGAACGGGACGGACAUGGCCACUAUGGCCACGACGAUGACAAAGACAGCAGUGCCCGCCCAGCGCCAGUCCUUGUUUGCCGACACUGGGCUGGCCAGCACCAACACCUUGCUGCGCUCCUGGCACACACAAACACAUACUCGCACUCAUCACCAUGGACUGCCUCUGUCUGUCUGCCUGCGUCCAUGCACACCUCUAUUCCAGCGUCUUUGAGGGUGUCUUCGGGCCUCAGCUCUCUUCCGAGGCAUAGCAGCCGGAUGUGCUGAUGGCUGAAGUCAGGGAGCGCACAUAUGUGCGCAAACAGCUGGUCGCAGGUGCCAUUCGGGUCAACGGGCACGCGAAAGGGCUUGCUCUUGUACGUCGCCGUCACCAUGAGAUCAGCGUGAGGACCGCUCGAACUCUGAUCAGCCGGCAAGUCCCCUUCCAUGUAUGGAUCUUCCAAAGGCGUCAGUGUCGAUGCGUCCUCAGGCUGCAAAGAGAAAGGGGAG